AUGUUGUCUAAAAAAGCCGUUGAUUGGUGGGUUGCUACUAGAGCCGAGCUGGACGCUGACGGUGUGGCUAUUACUUGGGCUGUGUUCAGAAGAGAGUUUUUGAGGAGGUGCUUUCCUGAACAUGUUCGGGGAAGGAAAGAAAUUGAGUUCUUGAAGCUAAAGCUGGGUAAUCUGACAGUACUAGAGUAUGCAUCCAAGUUUGUUGAAUUGGCCAAUGUUGAGAAUUUUGCGAUGACUGCGAGACAGAUGAACGAGGCGGUUAAAGAUGGGGCUGCGGUGUUUAUGUUAUUUGCAUCUAUGGAUGUGAAAGGAAAAGAGUUGAGUAGUGAAUUACCAGUGGAACGUGACUUUCCGGAAGUUUUUCCAAAAGAUGUUAGAGAAUUGCCACCUAAGAGGGAAGUAGAGUUUGCUAUUGAUUUAAUCUCUAAAACGAGACAUGUGCUGAUGGCACCUUAUCGUAUGUCUGCAUCUUAG